UCAUUCACAAACAGAUCAUCUCUCUCUGUCUCUCUCGCUCUCGCUCUCUCUCUCUCUCUCUCUCUCUCUCUCCUCUUCAGUCCUUCUAGUUCACUUCCAUGGCUUCCUCUCUCCAACUCCUCCUCAUAUUCUCUGUCAUCAUUUCCUCUUUUGCUCAUAAACCCACAUCACAAAAUACUCUGAUCCUUCCACUGACCAAAGAUCCAUCAACACAUCAGUACUUGACCCAUCUCUAUACGGGCACUCCAAUGGCUCCCACCAAGCUCGUAGUUGAUCUCAGCGGUCCAUUUCUCUGGCUCGAUUGUGCCUCGCGACACGUGUCAUUAUCCCACCGCCCUAUCCCCACUGGCUCCCUCCAGUGCUCGAGGGCAAAGGCCACCACUGGGUGUGGCAGUGGUAGAAGUUGUACUCUCAACACAGUGAACACCAUAACACGUGCGGCCGCACGUGGGGAUCUAGCCGAAGACAUCCUGACCGUCGAACGCGUUGAGCGAUCGGUUCGGAUCGCCACCGUUGAUCGGUUUUUAUUUUCGUGUGCACCCCCAUUGCUAGUGAAUGGACUAGCGAGUGGUACCAAAGGGAUGUUAGGCCUCGGGAGGGGCAGAAUUUCACUACCAUCACAAAUUGCCACUAGUUUCGGCAGCAUCCACCGGAAAUUCGCCGCCUGCCUCUCGUCUAACGACGGUUUUAUUGUCUCCGGCAAAGGGGUCCCGCUUCUUCGAUCCGAUGCGUCGAAUUCGCUAACGUACACGCCCCUUAUUUCCAACCAAGAGGGCACAUUAGAGGACUAUUACAUCAACGUGAAGUCCAUCAAGAUAAAUGGCAAGAGAUUGUCACUCAACACCUCAAAAUUGUCCAUGGACCAUGAGGGAAAAGGAGGGACUAAAUUGAGCACAAUUGUCCCUUACACCACUAUGGAGACCACAAUCUACGAGACAUUCACAAAAGCUUAUGUUACGGCCGCGGCUGCGACGAACAUGACUAGAGUUGCAUCCGUCGCGCCGUUCGGGGUCUGCUUCAGCUCCUCCGAUGGGGUUGAUGAAACCCGUGUGGGGCCCGCGGUGCCGGCGGUCGAUCUCGUGAUGCAGAGCGAGAUGGUGAGGUGGAGGAUACAUGGGAGGAACUCGAUGGUGGAGGUGAGUGAGGGAGUUAUGUGCUUGGGGUUUGUGGAUGGGGGUUCGAGUCCAGAUCAGGCUUCGAUUGUGAUGGGUGGCUACCAGUUGGAGGAUCAUCUUUUGGAGUUUGAUUUGGGUGCUUCCAUGUUUGGAUUUAGUUCCUCAUUGUUGGUGAGGGAAUCUAGUUGUUCUGACUUUUUGCAUUCCAUGCCUAGAGAGUCACUUUGAUUGUGAAUCAGACCAAGUUCCUCUU